UUCCGCGAGAGCACGGGAAGAGUGAGCGUGGACGCCCGGGCCGAGGCGCCGGGGGCGGCGCGGCUUCCGCGCGCGCCAGGCCGCGGGGUUUAAAUCUCCCGCCUCCCGCAGCCGGAGCCCGACACCUCCACGCUCCAGUACGGAGGGGCACCGGCUGCGGCGCAGGGCUCGCGGGCGGCGGCGGCGGCGGCGGCAGGAACGGGCGCCGGGACCCACCUCCGCGCGGCCGAGCGCGACCCGAGGCGGCGGAGGGCCGGCGCGUCGCGGCUCCGGCGUCGAGUCACUCAUGGAUUUUUUUGGGCAACCCAGACCAGAAGCUAACCAGUCAGUAGUCAGUAGAAUGCAAAAGAAAUACUGGAAAACCAAACAGGUCUUUAUCAAAGCAACCGGAAAAAAGGAGGAUGAGCACGUGGUGGCAUCUGAUGCUGAACUGGAUGCUAAACUUGAGGUUUUUCACUCCAUUCAAGAGACAUGCACUGAACUUCUGAAGAUAGUUGAGAAAUAUCAGCUAAGACUCAAUGUUAUAUCAGAGGAAGAAAAUGAACUGGGGCUCUUAUUAAAGUUCCAAGCAGAAAGGGAUACAACGCAGGCUGGCAAAAUGAUGGAUGCCACUGGCAAGGCACUCUGUUCUUCAGCCAAGCAAAGAUUGGCCCUGUAUACUCCCCUGUCUCGUCUUAAGCAAGAAGUAGCAACGUUCAGUCAAAGGGCAGUGUCUGACACCUUGAUGACAAUAAAUCGGAUGGAGCAGGCACGCACAGAAUACAGAGGAGCUCUGCUGUGGAUGAAAGACAUAUCCCAGGAACUGGACCCAGACACCUUAAAACAAAUGGAAAAGUUCAGAAAAGUACAGAUCCAAGUAAGAAAUAGCAAAGCUUCUUUUGACAAGUUAAAGAUGGAUGUUUGUCAGAAAGUGGAUUUACUUGGAGCUAGUCGCUGCAAUAUGUUGUCUCAUUCACUCGCUACCUACCAGAGAACACUGCUUGGAUUCUGGGAGAAAACAGCUCGAAUGAUGUCCCAAAUCCAAGGGACCUGUACUGGCUUUCAUCCGUAUGAUUUUGUAGCUCUCAAGCAACUACAAGACACUCCAGUCAAGCUUAAUGAAGACCACAAGGAAGAACCAACAAAACACAGUUCUCUCCCUGAAAACCUCAAUAAGUUAGUUUUGUCAGAUGAGGAAGUGAGCUUGGGAAGUGAACCAGCAACUGAAGAUCAUAAGGAAAAACAUUCUCGAAUAAGAGAAUUUGGAGCGCCUCAGUUUUCUAACUCUGAAAAUGUUGCAAAAGAUUUACCAGUAGAUUCACUGGAAGAUGAUUUUGAGAAGGAAUUCUCAUUUCUGAACAGCCUCCUAAGUCCUAGUUGUUGGAGUGCCAGUGAAUUUUCCCAGGAAUGUCAGGCUGCCUUUGGGAGCCCCAAGACCAGUCUCACGCCCCAGGAGCCUUCUGGGGGGUCUGAGCCUCUUGCUCACUCCUCACGCUUCCUUCCUUCACAACUCUUUGACCUUGGCCUUCGUGCUGAUGGAGCUUUCAACAGCUGGGCCUCUCAAGGAGGAUUAGAACUUCCUCUUUCACACAUUGAUAACCAGCCAGUGCCUUCACAGAGUCCAAAGAAAUUAACAAAAUCUCCCCACAGUGGUAACCAGGACAUGUCGGCCUGGUUCAAUCUAUUUGCAGACUUGGAUCCACUUUCAAACCCAGAUGCUAUUGGACACUCAGAUGAUGAACUUCUCAAUGCUUAACUGAAGUUAUGAUGCCACUUCAGUGGCCUUGAGACACCAACUUUGCAACUUAUUCCCUUUGUGGAAAGUUUAUAUUGUCACCCAUAUACGAAAACAUUGUGUUUGCAAAUCUAACACUUGAUAGCCAACUUUAGACAGAUGGUAAGGACCACAUUUUAAUACAUUAAGUAUCUCUUUAAUAUCUUGGAUUUGCAGCUGUUGGUAAUAUAUGGAAAAUAUUAGAAACUACUGCAUCUGAAAUAGAUACCAAAACUUAGUUCAAAGUAACAGUUAGGAAUAAUUGUGAAUAGGAGUUGGGUUUAUUUCUUUGGAAACCAUUUUAUGUAUAAGUUGCGUUGCUGGCUGUGAGAGUUCUAUAUGUAGAUAAUGGACAGCAUGUACACUGGGUUGUGAUUUGGGGUUGGUUUUAAAAUAAAACGGUGGCAGGGGGGAUUCUCUGUUGUGGAAAGUAGUAUUAGAAACAGACCAGUUUUGUCUUUAGUUAGAAAGGUAGAGUACGAUUUGAGAACUCAAUUUGCUUCGAUGAAGUCACAGAGAAACCUGGUGCUUGUUUUCUCCACUUGGAGGCUAAAAUGUAAUAUUCCUUAGUUUUUUUCCUUCAUACAAAAUCAUGGACACCCCCCAAUUUCAUUAUUGAAUUUUCUUGGGGAAGUAGCAGGAUGAUUUAUUUGCUAAGUCCAUCCUCUGCAGAAACAGAAAAAUCUCUUCCCACCUCAUAAACCACAAAAACAUCCAAUAGUAUUUCAGACAUUGUGCCAGUGUCUUUAAGCCUGAUUCUUCACACAUUGCUACUACAACGUACUGUAUUCAUAUGCUUCCUGAAAGAAAAUGAGGGGAGGAUACUCCCUGAGCAACUGGCAGUAGUAUUCCUGAAAUGACCCAGAAACUUCUAUCUAAAUGAGGGAAAAAUUCUAAUUAACUUACCCUCGUACAGAUUUGCAAUACUUACCCCAUAUUUCUUGACGUAAUUUAAACCAGAAUACUUUAUGGCAAAGUUAACAGAAAGCUCUAUACCAUCAGUAAGGGAGUGUUUUUCCACUUUUUGGUGGCUGACAUCAUCUGAGGCUCUAUUUGAUUACUAAGGACAAACUUACCUUUAGAAGGUGUAGAGUCUAAGUAUUGGAAGGAAGGCUAUUUAAUGGAAGUUAGUAUUAACUAACGAAAACAUAGCCACUGUAUACACAGAGUCACUCAAUUUCUAUUGUUUUUUCCUGCCCACCCUUUAGUUCUGAGGCAGUUCACAUGGUGUUGUUUCAAUGUCCAGGCCACUGCAUCUGCAUAAGAAAACAUUUUAACUAAGAUGUUCAUAGUAGUUUUCAUUGUACGCCUAGUUCUAAACAGGCUUAAUUAUUAUUUACAAGAGAACUGCUUGUAAUCUCUAAGUCACUGUACAUAGAAAAACAUUUUCUAGGAAUGGACUGGGGCAGGUAAAAUGCAGUCCAUUUCCCAUCCAUAGCAGUCUGGCCUGACUACAAUCUGAACUGCCCACAGGCUCUUUAGAAAACCACAACUAUGGCCAAGUAGUGUGUAGGCUGGAAAGACCUUAUCUGAGUCAAAAAUAUUGACUUAAGAAAAGGUUAUGUAAAUUUUUCCUUAAAAUAUUUUUAUACGCUUAUUCCUCUUUCUUUAUUUGGUUAACCCUUAAGAAGCAUUUUGUAGCUCUUCCUUUCUAUUCAGUCUAAUUCCCCAAAAUGCAGUAUGGUCAUUGUUCUGUCAAAAUUCAAUCAGCAGGGGUUAUAAUUAGGACCACAAUCUAAAUUCUAUACCCAUGAUCACUCUGUGCUCUCAACUUUGAGUACCUCAGAAAAUGUUAAUUUUGUCUUGCGUUUUGGCCAUUUUUCUCUCAUUAAUUUUCACUAAUGCAUUAGUUCAAAAGUAUUUGUACAGCUGCCUCACAUGCAUGCAGAGCAGUCCUUGUUAUCUCGUGUAAACAAAGACACUCAACACAGACACUAGUCUCUCCAGGCCCAAAUCCCAUACUUUGAAUGUGAAGGGGAUACUAACCCCAAUUUUCCAAGAGCAAAGGUUAUCAAAAAAUAGAACCAUAACAAGGACUUUUAUUAUUCAGUUCUUAGUUUCUCUAAUAUUUUCACGUUCAACAGAGUAUGUAGUUGCUCAUAGUCCCAAAGCAACAUUAAUUGCCUUAGCAAGUCUGACUCCAUUUUUGAAGUGCACAUUUAAAACUCUGCUAUUAAAAUGAAGGUAACUAUUCAGAUUUUCUCAAGAUUAUUUGAAGCUCAGUCAUUAAGGGCCAGAAACAGAAAAUUUGGCUAUAUUACAUCUAAAAUAGGUAUAAUAGGAAGGCUAAAAUAAAAGACAAGCUAAAAUAGGAAACCAAGCACAUAUACAGCAGGGAAUGCCAGGAAGGACAGGAUAAAUACAGGACAGAAAGGUGAUCCGUUGCUAUAUGCUUAAAUCUAGACUGACUAUUCAAUAAGAAUACACUUAACACAGGGUGGGCUGAGAACAACUCUUACAAAUAAAUGGAUGCUUUUUAUAUUAAAUGGGGGGAAAUACUUAUUGUAUACAUUUUAAUACCAAAUAAGAAUGCAUUUAAACUUAGAAAAGGCCCAGAAGUACUAAAACUUGCCUAAUCUUUCUUCAGCCACUUAAGAGGCAGGAAUACCAGGGCAGGUUAAGAUCAAAUUGGUAUAACUUUGUAUUUUUUGAAAUCUAAACAUAACUCUGAUAUGAUUAGAAACAAACUGUAUUUUAACAAAACAGGUUUCAGUAUUUGCACAAUGAAAAAGUGUUUGUAUUUCAACUUCACCUAACCAUCUUUAUAGACCAUGUGGAAAUGUAAAGGUCUUACAGCAUAUGAACAAAGGAAUUUUGAAUGUGCUAUUUUUCUGAGCCUCUUUUAAUAAAGAUUACAAG